UAAUGAGCGAGUUCUUCCCACCGGUCUCCUGCCUGGAAGUGCUGACAGAUCAAGGCAACAAAUUUCAAUUACAAGCCCUAAUUUGUGUCCGCAGAGCGUUUGUUACCCAUGUCAGUCCCGUUCGGCCCAUCAGACGGGGCAGAACGUGGAGGAGGAGGAGGAGGAGGAGAAGGAGGAGGAGGAGGAGGAGGGGGAGAAAAAGAGCGCAUCUGCAAAAAGGAAUAGAUUUUUUUUCUUCCCCCCUCUUUAAAAAAAAAAAAAAAAAAAAAAAAGGAAAAAAAAAAACUUGGCUGAUAACUUGGAUUUAAAAAGAAAGGCGAGGAAAAGCCCCAGCCCCUUGCCUGCACGGUCGGGAGGACGGGAGGGCGGCCGGGCGCGGGUGCCGGUGCCGGUGCCGGCGGGCCUGGAUGCGCGGGCUGUAGGGGGGCGGGCAUGGCCGACAAGCGGCGGUCCUCGCCCGGCACCACCAUGAGCCUGAAGGCUCACGCCUUCUCCGUGGAGGCUCUCAUCGGCGCCGAGAAGCAGCAGCAGCAACAGCAGCAGCAGCAGCAGCGGCAGCCCAAGCGGCGGAAGCUGGGCGGCGAGGACGAGGCGGCGGACGACGAAGGGGGCAGCGGCUGCUGCGCCAAGAACUCCCCCGCCGCCGGCGGCAGGACCUGCGGCGACAUGGAGCUGGGCUGCGCCGCCCGCGGGCCCGCCGGCGGCGGAGGCGAGGACGGCUUCCCGGCGGGGUCCCCGGCCGCCUCGCCCGGCGGUUCCCCGAAGGGCUCGAGGCCCGGCUCGCCGCUGCCCGCCCCGCAGGCGCCGCGGGUGGACCUGCAGGGCGCCGAGCUCUGGAAGCGCUUCCACGAGAUCGGCACCGAGAUGAUCAUCACCAAGGCCGGAAGGCGGAUGUUUCCCGCAAUGAGGGUGAAGAUCUCAGGUUUAGACCCACAUCAGCAGUAUUACAUUGCUAUGGAUAUUGUGCCAGUGGAUAACAAAAGAUACAGGUAUGUUUAUCAUAGCUCCAAAUGGAUGGUGGCUGGUAAUGCUGACUCCCCGGUACCACCUCGUGUUUAUAUUCACCCCGAUUCACCCGCCUCUGGGGAAACGUGGAUGAGACAAGUGAUCAGCUUCGACAAACUGAAGCUCACCAAUAAUGAGCUUGACGAUCAAGGGCAUAUUAUCCUUCACUCUAUGCAUAAAUACCAGCCUCGUGUCCACGUCAUCCGAAAAGACUGUGGAGAUGAUCUGUCCCCUGUCAAGCCUAUCCCUUCUGGAGAAGGGGUCAAAGCAUUCUCCUUUCCAGAGACAGUUUUCACUACUGUCACAGCAUACCAAAAUCAACAGAUAACUCGUCUGAAGAUUGACAGGAAUCCAUUUGCCAAAGGGUUUAGAGAUUCAGGACGCAACAGGAUGGGACUGGAAGCUUUGGUAGAGUCUUAUGCCUUCUGGAGACCUUCACUAAGGACGCUUACAUUUGAAGAUAUACCUGGGAUACCCAAACAAGGAAAUGCAGGUUCCUCUACUUUACUCCAGGGAUCUGGCAGUGGAGUGCCAUCUACCCACCCUCACCUUUUGCCGGGUUCCCCUUGCUCAUCUCCAGCUUUCCAUCUCAGUCCCAACACUAGCCAGCUCUGUAGCCUUGCUCCAGCUGACUACACAGCUUGUGCCCGCUCAGGCUUGACCCUGAACAGAUACAGCACUUCUUUGGCUGAAACCUACAACAGGCUCACAAACCAAACCAGUGAGACGUUUGCUCCCCCAAGGACUCCCUCCUAUGUCGGUGUGUCGAGUAGCACAACUGUGAAUAUGUCAAUGAGUGGCAAUGAUGGGGAUGCGUUCAGCUGCCCACAAACUGGCUUAUCUAUGCAGAUUUCAGGGAUGUCUCCACAGCUCCAGUACAUCAUGCCAUCCCCAUCCAGCAAUGCCUUUACCACUAAUCAAACCCACCAAGGCUCCUACAACACGUUUAGACUGCACAGUCCAUGUGCACUGUACGGAUAUAACUUUUCCACAUCCCCUAAACUGGCUGCCAGUCCUGAGAAAAUUGUUUCUUCCCAAGGAAGUUUCUUGGGGUCCUCGCCAAGUGGAACCAUGACAGAUCGGCAGAUGUUGCCCCCUGUGGAAGGAGUGCACUUACUUAGCAGUGGGGGGCAGCAGAAUUUCUUUGACUCUAGGACCCUAGGAAGCUUAACACUCUCGUCUUCUCAAGUGUCUGCACAUAUGGUUUGAUGAAGCCUUUAAGUAAAAGUACAGUAUGUUUGGUGUCUACAAUGUAUUUCUUUUGGAAUAUGAAAGGACACUCAAUGUAGCUUGUAAAGUGUGUGUAUAUAUAAUAUGAGAGGAAGUUUCACUGAUUUUUUGACUUGUUUGCGGCCAGAUUAUUCUCCUAUUUUGAGUUACACGGAGUUUGUUGCGGCGCAGACUGCUUUAGUUUUCUGGUAUAAUACACUUAGUUGUAUAACACGUUGGGACAUAUGCAACAAAUUAAGUAAGACUUCCUCCCCUUUCCCCCUCCUCUUUUCUAACCCCUUUAAAGAAUGAAAUGACACUUAGUGUAUUAAACAACACAAACAAGCCCACUUACAUUUCCUAUAGUACUAGUGAGUUUCUUUAAAACAUUCAUACAAUGGUAAGCUGAUGCACCAAAGGCAUUUUACAAGCUUCUUCUCUGUUAUGUGGGAUAUGAAGGGUAUUUGGACUUUCAAGUGUUAAGCAUCAAACAUCCAGCCUAAAAUAGAAGUUUAGCUAAUGGAUUAUUUACAAAGUAAACGGAAAGAUUAGUUUGCCUUCUCAUGAUACACUGUUUUUAGCUUAUCAACAGCACGGCAUUCUUACUAGGAUUUUUUUUCAGCAUUAGUCUAGAUUUAUGAUUAGGUAUUUGGAGACAAAUAAUGCAUAUUUAAAUUGUGGCGAUACGAGUGAUUUAAACCAACAGCAGAAGAAGUGGCAUUCCUUGGUAUAGAAUGAACUUCAGGGUGCUACAUUUUUGUCAAAGGAAGGGCUUGAUGCAUUUUUUUCCUCCAUAAAUAUUGCCUAUAAGACAUUUACUGGACAGUAGGAUAUUCUAAUGUAUCUUUCUUUUUGUAUUUUUACUUUUUUAAAGGCAAAUGCAGGUUUGAUUUAGAAAAAAAAAAGUGCGCAGGAUGAGAAAUUCCAUUAUUGGUUUUACCCUUUUUGUGUGUUGUGAUUCUUUUUUUUAAAUAAGAGCAAAAAGUCUUCCAUCCUUAGUGUCUCAUAAAUAAAUUGCCUGUAGCCAUUAGACAAACAACCCAGUUUGCCCACAAAUGUUGCUGGAAGCAGAACUUUGUCACAGUUGCCUCCCUGUAACAUGGUCAAAUUGGGACCAGGAUUACAAUAGGCAAAAUUUGUUUUAAUAGUUUACUUUGAAUGCUACCGCAUGACACCUACAGCCUAUUUCCCUCCCUCCAGGGAGCCAUCUGUCUUCCUUUCUUGUUGCUUUCUGUCAUGAGGCUACUACCGCUCUGUUUCUUAAACAGUCUUUGCCGGGGAAUUUGAGUAGGUUAUUUCCUUCCAAUAUCUGGUUUUAACUGGUGUUUGCAAGAACACAGAUCAAAACCUGCUCAAGCCUCUCUGGAGUGACAAGGACAUAUUUGUCUUAGCAAAACUUCUGUCUUCAUCUGCACCUGUACUGCCCUGGUGUGUGCUGGUUCUGCUGCGAGAGCUGCCUUCCAGAUGCCUGCCUGUUGGAGCUGAAACAAGGAUGGUAUGGAAGAGAUUUUAAUGCUUAAGAGGAUGGGUUCAACGUUGCCCUAAGCCUCCUCUAUGCUGUGCAGUUGAUGUAAAGGCAUUAUGAAAUGGGUACAAAUGUAAUUGAAAAUGCUUUCCUUAUCAACAUUGAAGGAGAAUAAGGCCCUCAGACUUAACAUAUUUCUCUGUUAGAUUUUUCAUUGAAAGUGGAUUGUUAAAUUUUGCAAGAGUUCCAAUGUCUUUCCUUGCAAACUGGGUUUAUCCACUACCACUUCAAGAAAUACUCAAUGCAGCUAAUAUUUCUUCAGUGGAUUAGAGAUAAUAUAUACAGAAGCAGCCCUCUAUCUCUUAUUAUUAUUUGGGAAUAGAAGGGAGACCACAAAAGCCUUAAAGCUUGUGGCUGGAGAAGGCUUCAUUUCUAUUAGUUAUAUAUAUGUUUAUGUUAAAGAAGACGCUUAGAAUGUUCUCAUUAGAGCUGGAAAGACAAGAGGGUGAGGCUCCAAUUAAAGAGACGUGGUUUUGCUUCUUUGCUGUUGUAAACUUCCCAAGUGACCUUGGGCAAUUCACUCAGCCUUUCUGUGUCUAAUUUUUUUCUUCUGUAAAUUGUGCUAAUAGCACUUCUUUGCCUCAUAGGAAAUGCUGGCAGUACAUUGAACAUGAAGAUGUUCUUUACGUCUGUGUGCCAUACAUUCAGGACGAAUGGCUAGGUAGUGUUCAUGUGUGAGGAUAACAAAGAGCAUUCAUGCACUUGGGGUCUGCUGCUAGUUUGGGCAUUGCAGUGUUCUUUGAGGCAGACCUGACAGCAAAGACUUGUAAAGCUAAAAAAACUGUUUGAAAAACGCCCAGUAAUAAUUUGUGAAAUGGUUCUAAGAUGUGUAGAAGGGAGAAUUUUCAAUUAUGUAAGUUGUCAUAGCUCUAUUGGUUUAAAUUAACAAGGCAGUUGUGUAUUGUAAUUUGUGUUCCAGCCAAAACUUUGAAAUGUUGCAGUUGGACAAAGUGUUAAAUGGGAGGAAUGGUACAAUUAAUCUGUACAUGAAAAAGGAUAAGCAAGAUAAUUAUCCAUGUCAUCUGAAGGGCUGUGACUGGGUAGAAAUGUGGAAGAGCUAAGUCAUGCAUGUUCUUGCAAGGGGAAAAAAUAGGUUGUGCAUGCAUGUACAUGGAAGUGCUCCUGGCAAGAGUAUGUACUUUGUCACCUGGGAUUAUUUUAGACUGAUCUCUUAGUUUUCCUCAAAUGAUUGCUAUCUUAUAACCACACAAUAUUGUUUGAAAUGUUUGUUCCUUAAAAUUUGAAUCGUAUUGUAAAUACUUACUGAUGUGUCAUUGUGAAAAGACUAGCUUUUUAUCAACAUAGUAAAUGCUACAUAUGCAUUAUAUCUAUAAUUAUAUAUCUGUAUUUUACAAAAAUGCCACAGAAAAUAUAUUAAAGUGUGUAUCUAAACACUUUUUACUAUA